AAAAUUGUUCUUAUUUUUAGCAAUAACUCGAUAUUUUAAAAUUUAUCAUAUAAAUAGAUAACCAUGUUCAAGCUAAUUAUUAUGUGUCUAAAAUCACGAUCGAACAAAUCAGGCGUUAGAUGCUAUCAAAAUCGUCCAUCAUCCAUAUCCAGGUCAGACGGCAGGCGGAGCAGAUUUGGAUUCGUUGGCGGCGAUAUUGGCGACCAAAACAUGUGGCGAUCCCGCCCCCGGCAGAUUCACAUCAAUCGGUUUCCUCCCUCCUCCAAGGUCGACUUAAGGGCUGCGGUACCAAAAGCGGUACAAGGUUCAAAGGGUGAGUGGGCGGUGGAUGAGGGACCAACGUUGCGGUGGGGAAUCGCUCCGGUUAGCCUGAUGGCGGAUGACUUUGCCGCGGCGCUGAGUGUCCUGCCGGAGCAGCAUCACCGCAUCGUGUCCUGCGUGGCCGCCUACCAGUCGCACGCCCUCGCCUUCGCCGAACGCCACCAUGUGGAGAACGUGUACACCAGCUUCGAGGAUCUGGCCAAGUGCCCGAAUGUGGAUGUUGUUUACAUUUCGCCCUUAAAUCCACAACAUUCUGAGCUGUGUCAUCUAAUGCUGAACCACGACAAGCAUGUCCUUUGUGAAAAACCACUGUGCAUGACGGAGGAGCAGGUGACCAAGUUGCUGGAAAAAGCACGGGCGCGGGGUCUCUUCCUCAUGGAAGGAAUGUGGCCAAGAUGCGUGCCCGCCUAUCAUUACCUGCGUCAUCAAAUCCUGCGGAACCGGCUGGGUGAACUGCAGAAUGUCCGUUGCAGUCUUGGUCUGCCCGUUUCUCAAGGGAGACUGGGACUAUACGGCGGAGUCACAAGCGAUUUCGGGGUCUACGGAAUGCAGUUGGCCUUGUGGGUGUUUCGGGAGGUGCCGCGUAGCCUCAAGGUCAGCGGAAGGGUCAACUCGGAGCACGUGGACGUGGCGGCAGACAUCGAACUGUGUUUCACCCGAGGUAAGAGGGCCUUCAUCGAGGUCAGUGCGGAAAAGAAGCUUAGCAACCAGGCGAUUAUACAGGGCAAGAAUGGGACCAUUAAAAUGAACAACUAUUGGUGUCCCACGCGUCUGAUUACCGAAGAGGUGGACUUCGAGUUUCCGCUGCCAGGGGGCGAUCAGAUGCCCCCCACCCACUACCACAAUCGACUAGGGAUGUGCUACGAGGCCGAGGAGGUGAGGAACUGCAUCCUGAAGGGCAGCAAUGAGAGCGAUGAUUUUAGCCACAACGAAAGCCUCCUGCUGGCCAAUCUAAUGGACACCAUUCAUGCCGAACUGGGAGUUGGGGAAUUUGCCGAUCGCAAACAAAUUCCCGAUCUACAGCGACAGAUCGAGAAGGUCCAGGAUAUAGUCGAGGAUCCCGAGGAACUGGCCAGCGAGACCUGUCGGGUAGUGCAGGAUGUGAGCAGCGCUGGAACCCUGGAAACCAAGCAGCAGGAGGAAGAAGCGCCGCCCAGGUCCAAGGCAAUAGAUGCCCCCUAGAAUUUGAAGAUACAUAUGUGAAACAGAACGUAACCGGAUAUUAGGAUAACAUAUGCUUUUAAAUAAAAUC